AUGCUAGGGAUACAGGUCCCGUACACAUGGCAUGUGUCCUUGUCUAUUGGUUCUUCAGUGACAAUCAGAGCCAAACCUAUGAUGUCUUUCAGUUUGGACCCACAAAUGCAGGUGGGCUUCCACACUGAAGCUAACGAGAAGUCAGACAUCGCCUUCCAUUUCCGAGUGUACUUUGGCAUUUUCGUGGUAAUAAACAGUCUUGAGGGUGGGAGCUGGAAGCAUGAGAUGAAAUCCUCCCACAUGCCCUUUGUGGAUGACCAGUCAUUUGACCUGCGCAUGUUGGUGCUACACAAUGAGUACCAGGUGGUAGCAAAUGGCCAACACUGCUACGGCUUUGCCCAUCGACUUCAGCCAGGGUGUGUGAAAAUGAUGCAGAUCUGGAGAGACGUCUUGCUGAUCUCAGUGGAUGUUUCUUAGAGAGGGAGGUGACCAGUCUUCCCCUCCGUCAAGGUCCCCCUAUCAA